AUGAAGCCUUAUGACGAGUCUAAGGACCUAAAAGACUAUGUUGAGGUCUUCGAAGGCCUCAUGGAUUUUCAGGCGGCAACAGAUGCAAUCAACUGUCGCGCCUUCCAGAUCGCACUCACCGGCAGCGCGCGCCUGUGGUAUCGAAGAUUGGCGGCCAGGUCGAUCUCGACCUACUCCCAGCUGAGGAAAGAUUUAUUAGCCAAUUUUCUUCUCGGCACUACGAUAGGAAGACAGCAACUCACCUCGCCACCAUUAGGCAGAAAGAAGACUGGCCGACUUGAGAAGCAGAUCGACCAGAAGAAGCCAAACCAAGAGAAGAAGAAGGUUGAUUCCAAAUCUAAGGACAAGGGAUUGUCCGCUUCCGGCAAUCGAACUGAGUAUCGUAGGUCAAAAAUCGGCCCCAAUCGAAGCCGACCUUACGAACGUUAUACUUCAACCACCAUCCUCAUCUCUGAGAUACUUACAAACAUCGAGGAAAGUGGGAUGGAAAAGCUCCUCAAGCGACCUGAGAAACUCCGAGGAGAGCCAGAAAAGCGUAAUAAAGAUAAAUAUUGUCGUUUUCAUCGCGAUCACGGCCAUAAUACAUCAAAUUGCUGGGAAUUGAAGUGCCAGUUUGAAGACCUUAUUCAAGAUGGCUACUUCAAAAAAUUUGUUGGAAAACCGAGGUCCAACUCAGUGGAGAAGAAAGAAGAGAGGAAGCGUUCAAGGACGCCGCCUCGUCGAGAUGACCGACCUGCGGUCAUCAACACUAUUUUUGGGGGCCCUAGUGGGGGCCAGUCCGGAAAUAAAAGAAAAGAGCUAGCUCGCGAAGCCAGACGCGAGGUAUGCAUCAUCAGGGAGCAGAAACCGACUUGCUCUAUUACCUUCGGCGACGCCGAUCUGGAGGGGGUCCACUUGCCCCAUAAUGAUGCAUUUGUGAUUGCCCCUCUUAUCGAUCAUGUCCUGGUCAGAAGAGUAUUGGUAGAUGGAGGCGCGUCUGCUAACAUCUUGUCCCUUCCGACAUAUCUGGCCUUGGGAUGGACCAGGUGA